CUUCCGGGCCGGAACUGCUGUGCUUGGUGACAGGAGGUAGCCGAGCCGGAGAUUAGGGGAAGCACUUCCGGUGUCCUUUACUGGCAGGAGCAGCACGUGAGACGCAGAGACCAUGGCACAGAACUUAAAAGAUUUUGCAGGCCGUCUUCCUGCUGGACCCCGUGGGAUGGGAACAGCAUUAAAACUGCUGCUUGGGGCAGGGGCUGCAGCAUAUGCAGUAAAGGAGUCUGUUUUUACAGUGGAGGGAGGGCAGAGAGCCAUUUUCUUUAACCGUAUUGGAGGUGUGCAGAAAGACAUUAUCCUCGCUGAGGGUCUUCAUUUCAGGAUUCCCUGGUUCCAGUAUCCUGUUAUCUUUGAUAUCAGAGCAAAACCACGGAAAAUUUCAUCCCCAACUGGCUCCAAAGACUUGCAGAUGGUGAACAUUACCCUGCGUGUCCUGUCACGUCCAUUGGCAGCUGAGCUGCCCACUCUAUACCAGCGUCUCGGCCUGGAUUAUGACGAGCGAGUCCUUCCUUCCAUUGUGAACGAAGUCUUAAAGAGCGUUGUGGCAAAGUUCAACGCAUCGCAGCUUAUAACACAGAGAGCCCAAGUCUCACUCCUUAUACGACGAGAGCUGACAGAUCGAGCAAAAGAUUUCAAUUUGAUCCUGGACGAUGUUGCAAUCACUGAACUGAGCUUCAGUCGGGAAUACACAGCAGCUGUGGAGUCCAAGCAAGUCGCUCAGCAAGAGGCGCAGAGAGCCCAAUUCUUGGUGGAGAAGGCAUACCAGGAUCAGAAACAGAAGAUUGUCCAAGCUGAAGGAGAGGCAACAGCAGCCAAAAUGAUUGGUGAUGCACUUAGUAAAAAUCCUGGAUACCUGAAGCUACGUCGGAUACGAGCAGCACAGAGCAUCUCAAAGACGAUUGCAGCUUCACAGAACCGCGUAUAUCUGAAUUCAGACAACCUUGUGCUAAAUCUGCAGGAUGACCGAUUUACCAGGUAAUGGGCAAGUUUGCUUAUCAAACCUCCAAAGAAAUGAAGAGCGCAGAUUGAGCAGGCCACGUAGUACGUCAUCUGACCACUCACCC